ACACACACACACACACACACAUUCUCCGGUAGCACAACAAUACAAGCUCUCGCCGCUCCCCCCUCUUUACGCCUCGCUCUCGUUAUGGCGGACGGCGAGCGGUCUCCGUUGCUCUCGGAUCUUGGUGAUGGAGCUCUGGGCAGCGGUAACGGAGGGGUGUCUCCGGGAGCGGUUUCCCUCGGCGCUCCGAACAAACCGCAGAGUUUUCCUCCGUUUCCGAGCUCAACUCAGCCGCCUGUGUUGUUGAGUGAGAAUCCUCCACCAUAUUCCCCCCUGACAUCUCCAGAGAGUGGCAGUGCCCCGGUCAUCAGCUGUAGGGUGUGCCAGUCACUCAUUAGUGUUGAGGGCAAAAUCCAUCAACAUGUGGUCAAGUGCGGCGUCUGCAAUGAAGCCACACCUAUAAAGAAUGCUCCUGCAGGCAAGAAAUAUGUGCGCUGCCCUUGUAACUGUCUUCUCAUCUGCAAGGUCACAUCUCAAAGGAUCGCCUGCCCUCGGCCUUAUUGUAAGAGGAUCAUAAAUUUGGGGCCAGUCCAUCCAGGUCCAGCUAGUCCAGAUCCACAACCUGCCGGAGCCAGAGUUUCCUGCGGACACUGCAGCAACACUUUCCUGUGGACCGAGUUUACUGACAGAACACUGGCUCGAUGCCCCCAUUGCAGAAAAGUAUCUUCAAUUGGCCAGAGAUAUCCAAGGAGGCGGAGUCUGUGGUGUUAUCUGCUAUGUUUGCUAUUUAGCAUCUCAGCUGCUGGUCUGAUUGCAGGAACAUGGUCUCAGGCGCAGGUGUACGGGGGUAUUUAUGCCUCGUGGGCUGCGGCGUUGUUGCUGGUGGUGUUGACUCUGGCCAGGGCACUUUACUGGAGCUGCAUGAGGGUCAGCCAGCCUCUCCACAACCUCACAUAGAGACAGAAAAAAAAACACAGAGGGGUCAUGGGGGAAAAAAAAGUCCACAGCAAAACAGCUAGAGAGAAUCAUGGUCAACACUUAAAGCUUGAUUGUGAAGGCUGGAAUCAAGGGUCAGAGUAAAAUCCACGCUUGAGAAACAAACAAAAAAAAAGCUAUUAUGGCAAAGAAGAUUAGUGUUUUAAAGUUAUUUUUAUUCGGAAGCUUUCUCUGAAUGUCUUUUCAUCUGUGAAUAUGGAUGAAUUGUUACUCAUGCAGUUCUGAUUCCAAAUGCCCCCCCUGGGUUUUAACUCAUUACAAAACAUGUAAUCAAACUCUGUACAACUUGAAUUAACUACACUACACUACAAUACGCAAAUGACAUUGCACAUUCAAAGCUUGAGCGAUGUUUGCUGCCUCUCUAGUGUCCAAAAAAAGCCUUAUAAAGAGAGAGGAAGUACAGAUUGAUCUCCACUAGAGGGUGUUGAAAAACCACACACGCUUUCACACACACAUAGCCUGUUUCUCUGUACAAACACUGCUAAUCUGAAUCAUUUGGACAGAGCCUGAUUAACAAAUGUGCAGAACAUUUCUGUAAUUGAUUUUUUUUCCCACAAGUGAAAGUGUGCUCCAACACACCUUUUCCUGUUCCUUUAUCCUUAGUUGUGAAUGUUAAGAACAGUAUUUUUUUAUUAUUAUAAAUGUGGAUUUUGUUUGUAAAUAUUUAUUGUUUAUUUCACGAAUGACUGAACAGUUGCACUGUAGCUCUAAUACGCUGUGAUUCCUUUUUCAUGUUUUUAUUUGAUUUGCUAAAUCACUACUGAGAAGUCUACGGAAGCCUGUUCCUGCCACAGGAAUAAAAAAUAAGUUGAAAAGAAAAGGUUUUUGUUUUCCCCCAAAAGUUAGAAUUAAGAGAAAUCAGCUUGGAAUUCUAAGGGGAAAAUGUAGCAGUUUGCAGUCGAAUGGGUAUAUUUAAAGUCAGAAAUCUGAUCUUAAAUUGAUCUUUAAAAUAUCAGAAUUUCUGGAUUUAAAUUCAGAAUAAAAAGUCAAAAUUUGUAGAUUUAAAUCCAGAUAAAAUUUACAGAAUUUCUAGAUUUAAAUUUAGAAU